UCUCAUUUCCUCUCUCUUCCUACUCUUUGUGACAAACAGCGCAGCUGACUGAGGAGCACACAUCAUCCCCGGUCACAAGUAGGAGUAGCAAAGCAUAGACACCAACAUCAACAUGGCAGAAUGCGCUCAUGGAACUUCCCUCCAACAGCCUAGAGGUGUCUAAAACACCGAGGACACAGACGACGGGACCUCAGCGUUGAGCACGUCAACACGGUCCUCCUCGCCGGCGGAGGCAAAGUGUGGAGCAAAGGGUGAAGGAGCAGACGGAACUCCGACAAGUCACGGGAGCUAGCUGUGCUCAUUGCUCUGGACCAUGGCGCCGCCUCAUCGACAAGAAGUUCUUGCCAUUUUCUCAACGGAGAGAAAGGCUGGCCUCAAUUCUGUCGACGACUCCAAAUGGGCGGAAGUAAAGCAUAUCAAUUGCUAUGCAACAUUUAUGGGGUACUUGUGGAUGGCAAUGAGAGGGGUGAGCGUCCUAGUGGUUACGUGGACCACCGUCGUCCUUCUUGGUGGUUUCGUGUCUAUGCUAAAUACCAAGGACUUUUGGUUUCUCACGGUGAUUACCCUCGUACAAACUGCCGGGGUCUUUGAUAUGCAUCUGAGUGAAAAUUUAAUUGCUAUUCCAAGAUUAUGCUUGGGCUUCUUGCAUACCGUGACAAUCACAAUCACACGGGAAGGUGGACAAGUAAGGAGAAACGAGAGGUCCUGUAUGCCAUGCCUACCAGCCCCAGUUGGCAGAUGGUCUCUUAUGGUACGAAAUGUGCUUGGUGCUGUCCUAGAGAUCGCUCAAGGAAUUGCGUUCGCCAAUAUAUUGUGCCUGCUAGCAGCUAUCUAUGGGUUUGGAUUGUACAUCACUUGUGCCGGUUGCGUGUGGCGUCUAAAAGAGCGUGAUUAUGGCAGCUCCGAUGGAGACGGAGCAAACAAGAAUCCGGCCCUUUUUGUGCUAUACAUCCUAGGCGUGUUCCAAGGUACCAUCUUGUUUUAUAGAAUAAUGCUGGGUCGUGCAGGGAGAAGGAUAGCGAACCAAGUGGCCGAAGAAUACAGAUUUGAGGAUUACUCGCCUGUUUUGGGCUACCUUGACGAGUUAAGGAUUGGAUGCGACAAGGACAGUUCAUUUGCUAGAGGAAGGAACCUCAUCACAUAUGCACUACAGCUGAUGGAGUCCCAUUCACCGGAUGACCUCCUUUCGGGGACAAGGAUCCUGGACACACUCAUCACAUAUGAUGACUCUCCUCAGUCACCCGAGGACCUUCCCAGCACAAGUGUUACCGUAUGGACCGGGUAUGUCAAUGUCAACAUACACACCCCGAGACAGGAGGAGCAAAAAGGCACGCGCAUGCCGAUGGUGAAAGAACGGCUGAUUGGCUCGUCGUCCUCUGGGAAGAUAUUCCAGAAACUGCUCAAGGCGCUCGAUUCCAGGAGCCCAUGCAACGCAGAGAUGAGGAAAAAAGCCGCAAGGAUUGUGUGCGCGCUUGCUGGCGACAUCCAUUUGAAACAGUUCCCUGGAGGGAUCAGAUGCAUAUCUUCCCUGCUGGAUGCCUCUCUGCAUGAGGUGGAUGAAUACAAGCAGCUCAUGCUGCAAGGCUUGUUUAUUAUUGAGAAGCUCGCCACCGACGAGGACAACUGCAGAGUCAUGAGCCACAUAAAUGGUCUAGUUUCCAUGAUCAUGAGGCCUCUAAGCCGCGACCUACUGCACCGUGUUAAUCAUGAUGAAUGGUCCGAUGUUGUAGAUGCAUCACUGCGAUUGACGUGCACCUGGCUCAAUACUGCUACAGGAAAUAGUGGCGAAAAGCUGUGCAGCCAAAUCAUAGUGAACAAGGAAGCAAUCAGCGCCAUGCUGACCAUUCUCAUCUGUGAUAAGUGUCAUAAAGAACGGCUUAUACUAGCCAUGAAGGUUCUUCUCAUCACAAAAAUACAAGGCCAAGAAAAUAUCGUCGUGCAGCUACUAGGCAUCUUUCUUGGUUACAGGAAGGAUGAUUACAUCACAGGAUUGGCUGGUGAAAAGCUUCUCAUGCUCUCCAAAGAGAGCAAAAGCAACGCAAAGACCAUCUUAGAAGGAAACAUCAUCCUAGAACAAAAUGGUGAUUCUGCUCAGAGGAUUAUCGGAGCAUUAUAUUUUGAGGAAAGGAAUAAAUUCAGAAUAUGUGCAGCAGGGAUCCUGGAGGGUCUAUGUAGUCACUACAUCGUAAGCCAAGAAUUACCGCUCCACGCGGUGGAAAAUGAGCUAUUUGAGAAUCUGAAGAGACACAUAACCGAUUACAUGCCAGGGUUGCUCUUGAAAAUGCUUCCUGCACAGCGGCAGAGAGCAAGAAAUGUCUCACUGGAUGCUGACGUAGAAAGGCAAAACACUAGUGUUGUUUCAUCAUUAGAUAAUGCCCAAAAUGGUGUGCAACCCGAGGAUAAGGAACUGCAAGCAGCCUUGCUGUCUCUAUGCUUCACGGUAUACCACAAAAUGAUCGAUAAAGAAGAUGAUUUAGCUCCUCUGCUUGAUGCAGUUCGCUUGAAAGAUCCUCAGUUUAACUUACCGGAGAGGCUCAUUGAAUUGGUAGAAAGGAACAGUGACUCCACGGUGGUGGACUGCCUCAGAAUCGUGAAAUAUACUGCUAAGAUGGCCAAAUCCAUGAUAAGACACAAGCAUUUCUACUCUGACCAAGACCUUGGUAGAUUGACGAACUCACUGGACAAAGCUUGCAGAGAUAUGAGCCAUGUUGACGCCUUUGAGCAUUUAUCUGGAGGCGAUGGUACUGAUACUCUCAGUACCCUCGUGCAAGAAGCACGUAAACUGUUGCAUCCAAUGGAACAAAGACAGAAACCUGAGGUUUCAAUCAAGGGAAAAGAAUAUGAAAUUACUGAGCAGGGGCAGUCCUCAUCAGGUUCAAGCGAAAGUGAUAUUCUCGGUUACCUGUGUGUACUGUUUCGGGAAGAAGAACAGCAACCUGAGGUUUCAAGUAAGGAAAAAAUAGUCUGAAAUCAUGGAGCCCAGCCAUCUAGGACAUCUAUUUUUUGAGCAUGGGCAAUCCUCAUCAAGUUAAGACUUGUUACUCCUCGGCCUAUUAUGCAUUAUGCUACGCAUGAUCUGUUAUUUCUCAAACCUUCGCUGGGAGUUUGUGUGUGUAAUGCGACCGGCAACGGCAUUCUGUUUUUGUGAUUGCGAGAGAGUGAAUAACGAACAGAAGAUCCGUCCUGGGUGAUGUCAGUUGUAUCUCUAAGUUGUGUUUGUUACUAUGAAACUUAAAUUCAGUUACUUAUGUUUGGUA